UACGAGGAAUUGGGCCACGGACGGGUUAUCGUGGACGAAGCACUCUUUCAUGUUGACUCGGGGCAGGUGUAGAGUUGGAAGUCUGGAACAGUAAUGUCCGAAAUUAGUGAGGAGGAGGGAUAGUGUCACAAACUCCCAACAAGUGGUCCCUUUAAUCUCCCUCUAUUACGUUGAAAGGUAUGCGUGUAGAGCUGUCCCUUCGCUUUGAGGAAACCGAGUAGGCCAGACCAGACAUUGUGGAAUUGAAUGCUGCAAUAGGAUACAUCAUCAAAAGAAUCAUCUUUGUGGUUCUCCAACAGUCAAUGUCCCUGCAUGAUGAAAAGCUUGGUUGAUUUUUAAUUUGUGUUUGGUUUAAGAAAUGAGGAAUGGAGGGCAAAUCCGGUCAGACCCAUAAGAGGGACAUCGAAUUGGAGGUGUAGCGAGAGAGCCUUGGAUGGUAAGGCUUUUUGUGAGAAGCACAAGCUCUAUUGGGUGCCGAGGAACAAGAGGAGGAGGAUGCAGAAGGUUUCUGGUGAAAAUGGCGGUGGAGGGAAAGUGGGUGUCGGGAGGAGGGACAUAAAAAGGCGAAGGAUUGGAGAAGAUUUGGAAAAUGAAGAUGUGGGUCUUGGAGGGGAUGGAGUUCAAGGGUGGUUUGGCGGUGGGAACAGUAAUGGUCUGACCGUAGGGGAAGAGAUUGCACGGCUGUUUGGUGAGGUCAGUGAUGGAAGUAUGCAGCAGCUUUGGGCUUGUGGAGAUGGUCCAGAAUUUGGUGAAGCUGCGAGUGGAAAAAAUGUUGACCGAGUUCUUGGUGGUGGUGGUGACGGUGGUGAGGGGAUUCAAGGUGGGUAUGGUGAAGUCAUCGGUGGAAUUGGUGCUCUGGGUCUUGAUGGUGAAGCUAGUCAGCUAUGGGGCAGUGAAGAUGCUUGUGAAAAUGGCGGUGGGGUUCCUGGCGGCCAAGGAAGUCACGUGGACGGGUUUGGUAGAACUGCAUGUGAAGUAGAUGGCCUAAUUCUUGGUGGUGGUGAAGAAAUUCAAAAUGCGUAUGGUGAGGGUCUUGAUGAUGGUAAAGCUGUUCAGCUUUGGAACAGUGGAAAUGGUUAUCCGAACAGUACUGGGGUUCUUGGCGGUCAAGGAAUUCAGGCGGUUGGGUCAAUCGAGAAUGCUUUCAAAAAUGAUGGUCUGGGUUUUGAUAGUGAAGGAUUUCAAGACUUCUUUAGUAAGGUCAAUGAUCAAAACCUUGUUGAUGUAAGAAUUCAAGCCCUUUCUGGCGAAGGUAGCGUUGGAAAUAGUGGUCUGAGUUUUGGUGGUGAAGGAAUCCAAUUUUGGUUCGGGGAAGUUGCGCGUUCAAAUCUUGAUGGUAAAGGAGUCCAGGGUCAUUUUGGUGAUAAUGUAUGUGGAGAUGGAGGCGAAACUCUUGGAGUUGAAGCUAUUCAAUGUGAGUCUGGUGAAAUUGGAGGAAGCAAUGGUGACAGACAGGGGGUGGUAGGGUUAAAAGGAAAGCGUGGCCGGCCAAAGGGAUCGAAGAAUAAGAGUAAAACUUUUGCUGCUGAUGCUAAAGAGGGUAUUGAAAGGUUGGAAGGUGCUUCUGGUGAAAAUGGAGUCAAAGAUGAGGUUGUUAGGUCGAAGGGUAGGCCAAAGGGUUCAAAGAAUAAAAAGAAAAGUCUUGAAAUGGACACAAACAAUGGAACGCCCGGUAACAAUGUCGAUGGAAAUAGCAAUGAGCAAGGGACCCUUUGUCUGACAGCUUUAGAUAACGAGAGGCUCAUUCUUGUGGGCGAUAAAGAUACAGGAUCGGUUGUUGAAGUAGCCAUUUCUUGUAAUGAACUUAGGAAUGAGAUUGUCGGGCAAAAAAAAAAGCGUGGUCGACCAAAGGGUUCAAAGAGUAAGAAAAAAAAUCUUGGGAGUCAAGAAAAUAAGGGAAUGUCAGGCGAAGUUGUGAUUGAUAAUGGCGGUGAUGAAAUUGUUCGGCCUAUCUGCUUAGAGUAUGAGAGGCAGACUCUAGUAGGAGAGGAAGAGAGGAAAUUGCCUUUUGAUGCAACUCGUAGUGAAGGUGGGAAUGAGAUUACCCGCCCAAAGGGUAAGCGUGGCCGACCAAAGGGUUCAAAGAACAAGAAGGAAAGUUCUGCAGGUCAAGAAAAUCAGGGAAUGCCCGGGGAUAUUGGGGUUGCCAAUGAUGGUGGUGAUAAAACUGUUUGUCGAACCAUUGUGGAGAAUGGGAAGCUUAAUUCUGUAGGUCAGGAAGAUAGGGGAUUGCCUAUUGAUGAUGUUGAAGGUGGGAAUGGGAUUGUCUGGCCAAAGGAUAAGCGUGGACUACUAAAGGGUUCAAAGGAUAAGAAGAAAAAUUCAGCAGGUCAAGAAAAUGGAGUACCUACAGAUAUUGUGGUUGUUAAUAGUGGUGGUGAUAAAACUCUUUGGCCAAUGGCUGUGGAGAAUGGGAGGCUGCGUAAUGGUGAUGAAGAAGGAAAUGAGACUUUUCGGCAAACAAACGAGCACGGUGGACCAAAGGGUUCUAAAAAUGUAAACAAUACAGCAGGUCAAGAAAAUAGAGAAAUAGCUGCCAAAAUUGUGGCUGUUAAUGAUGGCUACGAUAAAUCUGUUUGGCCAACGGAAUUGGAAAAUGAGAGACAAGCUUUUCUAGGUAAGGAAGGUAGGGGAUUGCCUUCGAAAGACACUAAUGACAUCAAAGGUGGAAAUGAGAUUGUCGGGCCAAAGAAUAAACGUGGUCGACCAAAGGGUUCAAAGAAUAAGCAGAAAAUUCUUCCUGGCAAAGAAAAUCAGGGAAUGCCCUGCAAACUCAUGGGCAGAAAUGAUAGUAGUGGUGUUGAAACUUUUUGGCCAAUGUGGUCUGAGAAUGAGAGGCCUACUCUUGUAAGUGAAGAAGAUCAGGAGAUCGUGAUUGAAGCCACGGGUGGUAAUGGGAGUGCAGAUAAGAUUAUCCAGCCAAAAGAUAAUCGUAAGCGUUCAAAGGACAACAAAAACCAACCCAAGGGUUCAAAGCAUAAGAGAGUUAUUAUUGUUGGUGAAGCUUUGAAUAAGAUACUAGCGCAGAGACAUCAAGAUUACACAUUUCCUUCCAAGCUAGUUCCAGUUGAGCAAUUGAGGUAUUCUGGUGAAAUAGAGACUGAGUCUAAUGAGUUAACAUCUGAACCCGGCAAAGUUUGGAAAAGACCUAGAGGGAGGCCCCGGAAGUUCAACAACCAACAGAGUAAUUCUGAUGGCUUUAGGGAGGGAAGACCAACUUCAAAUGGAUUGGAAAAUUCAGGAUUAUCAGGUGAUACUAGCAAGAAAAGUCGAAGGAGUUUAAUGUGCCAUCAGUGCUGGAGGAAUGAUAGAAGCGGAGUUGUUGUUUGUUCUAAUUGCAGAAAGAAAUGUUAUUGCUACAACUGCCUUGCAAAGUGGUACCCAGAGAAAACAAGAGAUGAUAUGGCGAUUGCAUGUCCAUUUUGUCGCGGUAAUUGCAAUUGCAGAGUAUGUCUCAAGGAGGACUUAAAUGUGAUGGUUGGACAUGAACAAGAAGAUAAGGAUAACAAUGUCAAAUUGCAAAAGUUGCUUUACAUGCUAUAUAAAACUCUGCCUCUCCUCAGGCAUAUUCAACAGGAGCAGAGCUCUGAAUUAGAGGCAGAAGCCAGCAUACGUGGUGUCAAAGUUGUGGAAGAGGAUAUUUCAAGAUCUGUACUUGACGAUGAUGAUAGAGUAUAUUGUGACAAUUGCAAUACAUCCAUUGUUAAUUUCCUCCGAAGCUGCUCCAAUCCUGAUUGUUCUUAUGAUCUCUGUCUCACUUGUUGCCGAGAACUAAGAACUGGAUUGCAGCGUGGAGGUGAUGAAGCAGAAUCUUCCCACCAACAGCUUUUUGAAGGACUAACCGGUCAAAAUACAGAACUGAAUGUUCAGACUGCAAAUGGGAAGACAUAUGAUUGGGAGAGCCAUGUGGCCUUUCCUGUGAAUGAGGGCAUAGCUGACAUGUCAUGUAACUUUCCUAAUUGGAAAGCAGAGGCUGAUGGUAGGAUUCCUUGCCCUCCAAAAGUGCGAGGAGGUUGUGGUAGUGAGAUGCUUGCACUGAGACGUAUAUUUGAAGCUAAUUGGGUCGACGAUUUGAUUAAGAGUGCAGAGGACCUCAUUUUCAAGUAUCAACCACCAGAUAAUGAUUUUUCUCUAGGAUGUUCUUUGUGUCAUCCUACGAACAUUGCAGGAAAUGCAAAAAUGGAUUCUGAAGUAAGGCGAGCAGCUUAUAGGGAGAGCAGUCAUGAUAACUUGCUCUAUUGCCCAAAUGCUGUUCACUUGGGGGACAAUGAGUUUGAACAUUUUCAAAUGCAUUGGAUGCGAGGUGAACCUGUCAUUGUUAGAAAUGUACUGGAAAAGACUACUGGUCUUAGUUGGGAACCAAUGGUCAUGGGGAGGGCUUUUGUUGGGGCAAAAAAAAUACUAAAGGAGGAGGUAGCCAGGUUUAAAGCCAUUGAUUGCUUCCAUUGGUGUGAGGUUGAGAUUAAUAUCUUCCAGUUCUUCAAGGGCUAUCUACAGGGCCGUAGUUAUAGGAAUGGGUGGCCAGCAAUGUUGAAGCUGAAGGAUUGGCCUGCUUCAAAUUCUUUUGAGGAGUGUCUGCCAAGACAUGGCGCUGAAUUUGUUGCCAUGCUUCCCUUUUGUGACUAUACCAAUCCUAGGUCUGGUCUUCUGAAUCUAGCCACCAAGCUUCCUGCUGUUUUGAAGCCAGACCUGGGACCCAAAACAUACGUUGCUUAUGGAUCUUUGAAAGAGCUUGGUAGAGGUGAUUCAGUGACAAAAUUACAUUGUGACAUUUCUGAUGCGGUUAAUGUACUGACCCACACAAAUGAAGUAAAGAUUCCUCCGGGCCAACAAAAAGUCAUAAACAAAUUAAAAAAGAAAUAUGAAGCUGAAGAUUUCCAUAAGCUUUGUGGUGGGACACAUAAGUUUCCAAGGACAUCUAAAAGAAAGCCACCAAAAAGAUCUUGCAAAGAUAAAAGCAUGGCUCAUAAAUAUCCUAAAAAAGCAGACAUUACCGAGAGCGACUCUGCCUUACUGGAAAGGCUAAUUGCAGAGGAAGGAACACUGGAUGAACAACAAAAUAAAUCCUUGGAUUUGUGUAAAUUAGGAUCAGGUAGAGCUUGGGCUUUUGGCAGUCCUGCUUCUCCAGAAAGCCAAGUGGUUGUUAAGUCUGAUGGCGAGUCAGUGGGAGAUUUUGAUAAAAUGGUUCAGAAAUUGGAUCUUCAUACGUGUGAUUCGAGCUCCUCUUUGUCGGGAAGGAAUUUUGAGAGGACAAGUGAUAUGGUUAAGAAAGAGGUUGACUUGAUAAGAUGCUCGUCACCAUGUAAUGAACUUGCAAAAGAUGGAACAGUUGAAAGAAAUUCAUGUGAUCUAAAUCAUCAGCCUCCUAAUAUAACAGCUGAACUAAAGUCUGUCAGCGGGGAAUAUUCUUCGAGUGAAACAGUUUUAGGCAAUGUAAUUAACGAUUUAGAGUCAACCCAACUGGAUGCAAAUUCGGCUAGAGAUUCCCUUCAAAACAAUGAUAUCUCGGAGAUCGUAUAUGGAGGUGCUGUUUGGGACAUUUUUCGCCGGCAGGAUGUGCCCAUGUUAAUUGAGUACCUACAGAAGCAUCAGAAAGAAUUCUGCCACAUCAAUAAUCUUCCUGUGAAUUCUGUUAUUCAUCCUAUUCACGACCAAACCUUUUAUCUAAAUGAGAGGCAUAAAAAUCAGCUGAAGGAAGAGUUCGGUGUUGAACCAUGGACAUUUGAGCAACACCUCGGUGAGGCUGUGUUCAUUCCUGCGGGAUGUCCUCAUCAAGUGAGAAAUAGACAGUCAUGCACCAAAGUGGCCCUCGACUUUGUUUCCCCUGAGAACGUUCAAGAAUGCAUUCGGUUGACAGAGGAGUUUCGUUUGCUACCAAAAGACCAUAGAUCUAAGGAAGAUAAAUUGGAGGUAAAGAAAAUGGCAGUAUAUGCUGUUUGUGUUGCUGUUAGUGAAGCCAAAAGUCUGACGUCAAAAAUUGUUUCAUCACAUGGAGACAAGAAAGCUUAGGGGCAUCCAUUUUAAUUGAUGGCUCCCCUUAGAAAAGUAUAAAGGACUUAACUGUCAAGAAAUUAGUUGCUGUUCAGCGUGUUGCACAUCUUGGACACAUUUUUGUUGGGAAUGGUUAGUGACCAUCAGUGAUGUUUUCCUACCUCAAAACCCUGGACUGUUCAGAGCAAGUUUUUUGUAUAUUGUACUGGAUCCAUGCUGGACUCUUGUAAAGAACUACUUUUUGUCAAUGAUAGUUAAAUGGGGUAAUUAUGGAUGCCA